GUUGCAACCCCCUUGUUGCAGCGUACAUGUAAUAAUACGCUUCAACAACCAGUAGGUCAACGCGGGUCAAACUUUAUAAAGGGUUGUUGCAGCGUACAAAUUAAUUGCCCGCAGCAAGAGAGUUUUUUGCAGCGUACAAAAUAAAAGCCCCCUGCAAUAGCCCAUUUAUUUUGCAGCGUACAGAUAAAAGCCCGCUGCAAUAAAAAAAUUUCGCUGCAAAGCUAAUUAAGAAAAACAUUUCGGAUCUCAAACCUAAGGACGCUCAUACUCCCUCUUCUUCCCUCAGCUUUCCCUGCGUACUCUCUCACCUCCUCAUUCUUCUUCUUCUUCAUCUGCUCUCUUUCUCUCUCCUAAAUCCCUUCUUUCUCCGCCUGAACCACCACCUUGAAUUCUGUCGCUGCCCUACCCCCUCCCAUCGUCAUCCCCGCAGUUCCUUCACUCCACCACACUCAAUUUUACAUCUUAUCUUUCGCUUCAAGAAAUUUGAAAGGGGUGACGUAAAAAAUGGGAACCCGAGAAGUGUACGAGGAGAAGCUUCGAACUGGAAAUGUGUAUCACCAUGAUCCCACCAUUAAUCCUGGCCUCGGCACCCCUCGCUGCCCCCGUUGUCUCUUUCUCCUCGACUCCGAUUCUAAAAAUGGUGAAUGGACAAUUACUUCUGUCUUGCACGAUGCUACAGCUGUGGUAUGCUCUCUCUCUUUCUCUUUGCUUAUACCCAGAUAAGCCUUCGAACUCAGCCGCCUUCGAAAUUGAGGAGGUUCCACUUUUCAACAUAAUGAACAAGUUUGACGGGGAGACCAUAACAGAAGUCGUGCGUCCUCAAAUAGCUAGGAUGCGAUAUCGUGUAACUAAACUGCCACCUUACAUUAUUGUGCACAUGCAGCGUUUCACGAAGAACAACUUCUUUGUUGAGAAGAAUCCCACCCUUGGUCUACACUCCGAGGAUUGCGCCUUAUGCGAGGAAUUUGAUGUGGUUCGUGAGCAAUGGGCUAAGUUUUUUACCAACAAGUAUUUAUUAUUGGCUUUAGCGCGCUUGAUCGAGUUGGUUUAGUUGUUAUAGAAUAAAUUUUAUAUUAAAAUGUAUGUUUAUGUUGAAAUUGGAACAUAUAUUUAAAUGUAAUAUGUGCACUUUGGUUUUGGGAUAUAUAGUAUACAAAACUCCAGUUGUUGUUUUUAUAUUUGUUAUACAGGUUGCGUUAUUCUAUUAUUGUUUUGACA